AUGCGCCACCCUCUGUCUUCAACAAUCAGGUGUACCGACAUGGCCGACAGCGAAUUUGAAGAAUUUCGCCGGGUAUUUGACAAACUACCGCAACAUAUUAAGGCCCCAACGCCGUUUUAUUCAUUAGUACCAAAUGUUGGGCUGGAAGAUGAUUCGCCGUCUUCUAAAAGUGAGGAGUCGCCAGAAGAGGAAAAACUGUGUGUGGCCGACACCGAAGCGAUGAAAGCAGAUGGCUCCCCUGUCACACAAUCUGAUAAAACAGACGCACAACGCAGUCCCCGUCACCAAUUUACAAGUGGAGAAAGGAGGAGAAGAAAGCUCCCAGAGAUACCCAAAAAUAGAAAAACUUCUGUGGUUGGGGCAGCCCAACCGGCAUCACUCGCUGAUGAGUUAGGAGCAUUAACUGGUCUUCUAGUACGACCAGGGGGCCAGGGGCGACCCCUUUUGGUGCUAAAGUGUGGCUACCUCUUGGACGAAGACUCCAGUCCAGACUCAGAAAGGCUGCAAAGCCUCGGCGAUGUAGAUAGUGGACACAGCACUGCACAUUCGCCGAUCGAUACUGGACCUAAAAGCUUAUCCCCAACGCCGUUACAACAGAACGUUUCACCAUCAUCAAGUUGCAGCAUCAGCGGCAUUAACUUCGCCGGAAACGUAAGCACAGUGCCUCAUAGCCAACUAGAAAUGCUGGAAGCCACACACAGAGGACUACACAAGUUCAACCCGCGACAUCACGAUGAGAUAGAAGUGGAAAUUGGCGAUCCAAUUUAUGUUCAGAAGGAGGCAGACGACUUAUGGUGCGAAGGAGUUAAUUUAAGGACAGGUCAACAAGGUAUCUUUCCUUCGGCAUACGCGGUUGAUAUGGACUACAGUGAUUUUGAUCCAGCAAACGCAAAAGCGAAGCGGGAGAGAUAUUUACUGGGCUAUAUGGGCUCCGUAGAAACACUUGCUCAUAAAGGAACGGGUGUUGUUUGUCAGGCAGUUAAAAAAAUUGUCGGUGACUCUAAUGGAGAUAUUAGCUCUCAGCCCUGUAUUUUAGAAGUUUCGGAUCAAGGCCUUCGCAUGGUCGACAGAUCCAAACCAGAUCGGAGUCGAAAUACGCCCUGCAUCGACUACUUUUACUCACUGAAGAAUGUGUCGUUCUGUGCGUUCCACCCACGUGACCAUCGCUAUCUAGGCUUCAUCACGAAACAUCCCACACUCCAGAGAUUCGCAUGUCACGUAUUCCGUGGUCAGGAGUCUACCAGACCUGUGGCUGAAGCCGUGGGGAGAGCAUUCCAGAGAUUUUACCAGAAGUUCAUAGAAACAGCAUAUCCUAUUGAGGAUAUUUACAUUGAAUGAGGAAGAAAGCUUUUAAAGCUUUGAACAACCAUAUAACAAAAUUUAUUAACAAGAUGGCCGUAGCACAGAUACAUAUUUAUAAAAUCUCAAUUUAUUAAUUAUUUGAUUAGAUUCUUUACACCGCAAAGCUUUUUUUAGCCUUUCACUACUUACAUGCAUUUACAUAAUUUUAACGUAAGCCAUACAUUUAUUUUUUUCAUCAGGCAACAUAGGUUUCCCCCUAAGUCAUUUCCUUUACGAGCUGGUCAUCUCCAUCCUUUCAGCAGAACGUCAUCCCAUCUCUCUUGACGCCGUUUUUCGUAAAGUUUUGGACCCCAUAAUAUGCUGACCCCCAAUCCAUUAAUGUACAUACAUACACCUACAAUUUAACUAUCAAAUUGACUCGCUAUUUUAUAAUUAAUUUAUAUAGCACCUGGUGACAUCAUCAUCGACUAUACACAAUUUCGAUAGUCUUAUGUUACAAAUCCUGGAUAAACUCACUGUUUCUGAUUAGUAUUUCUAUCGCCCGCGCCAUUACAAAUUUAAAGGCUUUUUAAAACUGAAAGUUUUAACUAAUGAGAAAAUCCCAGUACUAUUUACUACUUUUUCAACGAAAUAGAAACUUCCAUACACAACAAAAAAUUGUGCCAAAUAACGUAGGUAUUUUGUAUUGUUCGAAUUGUAAUAAUACUUUGAAUCCUAUAAAACAAUCUCCAACACAUAUGUUGUUUACAGUACCACACAUCUAGAAAUUCGAAUGCAGAAUUAAUUAUGUAAUCCUUUAAAAGCCUUUCUCUUCUUCCGCUUGCACUUGUUUCUAUUAUUACUUGGUAUUAUUUUCUAAAUGGCUUAGUAAUGUAAAUGACUCUUAAAGAUCCACUGGAGUUUAUGAAAUUACGACAAACAUAUGUUUAUUUGAGCGUGACGUCAUUGGUAUCUUGCUACGGCCAUACAGAGACUGCUUACGGACUUCGCGUGGUAUUUAGCUGAACUUAAAAAUUGAUAUUAACCUUUGGCCUAAUCCAAAUAUU